AUCUCGCCUCGCCUCGCCUCGCCUCACCUCGCCUCCUGUACACACAGACAGUAGCAACAGUACAGUACAGUACGACUGGCUAGGGUACACGACGAACCUGACUGGAGUAGGGGUAAGGUAGGCGAGGAGCGAGGUCUGGCACCACAUGAUCCGUGUUGAGAGGUCCCAAAACAAGAUGACUGUACCAUCUCUCGGCCUCCUCGCCGUAUCUCAUGACAAUCCUCCUCUGGCCACUACAAGCGUCACGUUCAGAGAGUACAGGACUGUACAGUAGUACUGUCCAUCGGACUCGAGAAAAAAACUGGAUUCGCCGCUUCUCUCAGUCUUCCGUCUAGAUUCCGAAUUUGCCAUCGAUUGAAAUGAACUGGCGCCAGUAAUUCUAGACAGAAAUGGCUUCUGCGGGCCUCCUCCUGGUGUGCAUGGAACCGACCGACCAACCAACCCCCGAGGGUCGUCCACUGAAGAACUAUCGUGACGGCGCCACGUGAUCAGCACCAUCAUAGCUUAUCACCACCGUGGUGACCACCUGUAUUUCAACCACGGAUAUCGUGUGACGUGCCUCCGCCACGUGUCACCUCCACGUCACUGAUGUGGCACAUGACCGCACCGUCGCGUGGUCACCAGCUCAGAACGGUUGUGGGCUGAAAUCGUGGAAAGCACCGGCCCGCCCCGAUUGGUUGCACUGAGCGCCGGUCGCUUUUGAGUCAACUCAAAACGCUCCUGGACGGCCCGGUGGCGGCGGUAGAGGCAGCAGAGGCCGCUGUUGCUACUGCUGCUGCUGCACCCGAGGGGAAGAGAACCCCGACUUCGAGACACAGUCCAAAUCCCCUCUCAAUCGGCUGCCCUGAGCAGCGCGGGGGAGAAACAGAACCUCGUGGGGAGAGGAAUGGAACCCCCGUUGCAACCAUGGGUCGGAAUGGGCACCGGUUGCGCCAGGAGAGGAGUGCUGUUUCUGGGCAGUACAGUGCACCUCAGUGCAAUUUCAUCCCUCAGAAUCACGCUCUGUGGCACCAGCUGCAGCAGCUGCAGGCGAUGGGAGAUUUCGAGGCGUGUAAGGAGCCCUCUCUUUCCGAGAGGGAAGGAACCUCCGUUUCUCAGGAGCAGGCUUCGUGGGGCCAGUUGCAAGAGGUGCAGGAGGCGCAGGAGGUGCAGCAAGUGCCACAAGUGCCGCAAGUGCAGGAGUUCGCUGCUAACAGGAGGGAUGAGGCUCCUGGCUGUAAGAACCAGGGUCUGUGGGACAAGCUGCACGAACAGCGGCGUGCGUCGCAGGAGUCGCAGGAGCAACGGGAUCUGCAGAUGCUGCCUGAGCCGCAGGGUCUGCAGCAGUGGCGUGAGUCGCAUGAGUCGCAGGAGUCUCAGGAGCAGGGGGGUCUGCAGAUGCUAUCUGAGCCGCACAAGAUGGAAAUUUCUGAGGCGUCUCAGGAGUUUUCUUCCAGCAAGAAAGAAGAACCUUCCGUUUCUCAAAGCCAGGUUUCAUGGACCGACUUGCAGGAUCUGCAGAAUCAGCAAGAUCAGCAAGAUCUGCAGGAUCUGCAGGUGCUGUGUGAGCUGCAGGCGAUGGAAGACGUUGAGGCUUCAAAGGAGCUUACUUCGAGCAAGAGGAAUGAAACUCACUCUUCUCAAAGUCAGGCUUCGAGUGACCAGUUGCAGAACCCGCAGCAUCUGAAGCAGGUGCAGGAUCUGCAGAAUCUGGAUCUACAGGAUGUAGAGCAGCUGUUGGUUUUGCAGGAUCUGCAAGCGGCUCAGCAUCUCACAGACGGCAAGAGCCUCUGCGGCAAGGCUGCUGCAGGGGUAGAAGCUUCUGCAGAAGCUUCUACAGGAGAAAAUUCAAGUCCAGAGCUUGUUAUUGGGUUGGCGGAGGAUGGAUCCAUUGCUGUUGUGGCUAAAGGUGUGGAUAAGAGGAGACGGCUGGGGCAGACAGAGGAUGAGGCUCGCCUGGGGGCUGCAGGGCAUGAGGCUCACCCAGGGGCUGCAGGGAAUCAGAUGCUUAGUGCACCAGAAACAUCGGCGCCUGCAGAAGCAGCAGAGGGCGCAUGGCCACCAUAUGCGGAAGCUGCAGAGGGCUCAGGGUCACCAGCUGCAGAAUCAGCAACAGCAGCAUUGGCAGCAGCAGUGGUGGCGCCAGCACCUACCAGCAGGGUCGACAGGCUCAGCACGAGCUGCAGGAGCGGCAACACCACCAGCACGAGCAUGGUCGCCACAGGCUACAGGGGCGGCUGCCAGGGCGCCACUAUGGAGCUGGUUUAUCAGCAACACUACUUUGUUACAUGCAGUAGUGUAACUAUAUAACAUCAUAUCUAUGUUUCAGUGUAGCAAUGAAAUUAUACUCUCUAG